CCCAGGCACUUCUAGGCCUCCGCGGAGGUCCGCUCUCCCUGCGCGCAUGCGUGCUGGUCCCCGGAAGCGAUGCGCACAGCGUUCGCCCCUGCGUCCCGGCGGGAGCGGGCAGAGUCCGUGGAUGUAGAGCCGCCGCUGACAUGGCUUCGGCGGCAGGCAGCGGCUGCGAGAGCGUCGCGUCCGAGGCGGAUCGUCCCCAGCCGCGGCCGUUCCUCAUCGGCGUGAGCGGUGGCACCGCGAGCGGCAAGUCAACAGUGUGCGAGAAGAUUAUGGAGCUGCUGGGACAAAACGAAGUGGACCGCCGGCAGCGCAAGUUGGUCAUCCUGAGCCAGGACUGCUUCUAUAAGGUUCUGACGGCAGAGCAGAAGGCUAAGGCCCUGAAGGGACAGUACAAUUUCGACCACCCAGAUGCUUUUGAUAAUGAUCUGAUGCACAAGACUCUGAAAAACAUUGUUGAAGGCAAAACUGUGGAGGUCCCCACCUAUGAUUUUGUGACGCACUCAAGGUUGCCAGAGACCACGGUGGUCUACCCAGCUGAUGUGGUUCUGUUCGAGGGCAUCUUGGUCUUCUACACGCAGGAGAUCCGGGACAUGUUCCACCUGCGCCUCUUUGUGGACACAGACUCUGAUGUUAGGCUGUCUCGAAGAGUUCUCCGGGACGUGCACCGAGGGAGGGACCUGGAACAGAUUCUGACCCAGUACACCACCUUUGUGAAGCCAGCUUUCGAGGAGUUCUGCCUGCCGACCCCACCUCUCACCUGUGUAAGACUGUCCCCAACUCACCAGUGCUGCCAACACCCAGGCUCUCAUCCCUUGUUAACGUCACCUGGAGGAGACAGCCUCAGGAGACUCCUCUGUAUCUUUCAGACCAAGAAGUAUGCUGAUGUGAUCAUCCCCCGAGGAGUUGACAAUAUGGUCGCCAUCAACUUGAUUGUUCAGCACAUCCAGGACAUUCUCAAUGGUGACCUGUGCAAGCGGCAUAGAGGAGGGCCCAAUGGGCGCAACUACAAGAGGACCUUCCCCGAGCCAGGAGAGCACCCUGGGGUGCUGGCCACUGGCAAGCGCUCACACCUGGAGUCUAGCAGCAGGCCCCACUGAGACCAGCAUAUGUAGGUUCCCCAUAGACCCAUGAUGAAGGGUCUGGGCCUGGGGGCAACCACUUGCCCUUAAAAGCACAGUCAGGGAUUCUCAGUGGGAUCUAGGUUGGCAGCAUUUAGGACCAAGGCCUUCCUUGCUUGGGAGGGCAGAUUCAUGCUGACAGGGCAUUCCGUGUCUUCUGCUUCCUUUCAUUGGAGGAGGUCAGCAGGUCUCUGGGUCACUGAGAAGUGUACCAAACUGCAUAGAAAGCCCACGGUGCUGGCUUCCAGAGGGAUGCAGGACAUACAUUAUGGGGCAGCUGAGGACAGCCCUGGCACUGGCUGGCUUGGCGUUGGUAGGGAGCCACAGUGACGUGCUCCCAGUAUGUGGUUCGUGUAUAUGUUGCAGGAGUAAAGUUUGAAGAAAUGUUAUAUAUCCUGUUUGUUUUGUGGCAGGCUGUUUGUGACCAAUGAACCUAGUUUUAACAACCUACCACGGGGCUAUAGUCCAAUCUAAGGAGCCUGAGGCAGGAAGGAACCCUAAUGUCUAUCCACGUGACACUAAGCAGCGAGGGACUCCUGGGUAUCACGGGGCCUGGAUUGUGGAUAGAUGGGAGGCGGCCACCGGGUUUCUUGUGCUAAAAUAGUGUUUUCACAAUUCUGCAGGAAGCCUUGAGCCCCAGGGGCUGUCCAUGUAUAAGCCACUUGGGUAAAGUUCAUGGCUAGUGUGCCAGGGAAGGCUAUGUGUAGCCAGGAGAGCACUGGAGAGUAGAGCGGAGUCACGUGAACAUGGCUGCUUAAAGCCAGCUGAUCUCCUGCAUGCCGAACCUGAGCUCAUGGCUUCACAAAUGGUCCAUCCUAUGUUGUCAAGUUUGUCCUCCCUCCUAUGGGAUGGCCCUUUUUGGAAAAGUGUCCUUUGCUAUUGUCAUAGGCUAUGACGAAGGCACUUCUCAUUUGUUCUUGUUAAAUACAACCUGGUUCUCAUGACAGCAGCUGAGCUCAGGGGCUGGUUUCUGUUAGUGCUGUACUGGUUUUGUUGAACUGAAACCCCUCUUUGGAGGAAGAAUCAAUAAAUAACACUAAAAAACCCUA